CAAGCUAUAACACUGCUUCACUAGACCUGCAAGAAACCACCCAGCCAUUGAUCCAUAGAGCGCGAGCACUCUCAGUCCCUUCUCCGGAUCAAACAUGGCGAGACAAAUGGGCGGCUGCGCGGAGCUCGCCGGCCGUCAUCCCCUACAUCAACGUCGUCCUCUUCUUCUUCCUCCUCUUCUCCUCCUGCUGGUCGCCGUCGCCGACCAGCACUUGCUCGCCGGCGCUAGCUUCUUCGGCGGUGACUCGGCCUCCGAGUGCAGCCGAACGUGCGAGUCCGAACACUGCACGGUGGCGCCGCUGAUGCGGUACGGCAAGUACUGCGGCGUGUCGUACACGGGCUGCCCCGGCGAGGCCCCCUGCGACGCCGUCGACGCCUGCUGCAUGCUGCAUGACGGCUGCGUCCAGGCAACCGACGACGACUACCUGAACAUGUGGUGCAACCAGAGCCUGCUCGACUGCGUGGCCGCGGCGAGGACGUCGGGGGCGACGACGACGACGUUCCAGGGGAACCAGUGCAACGUGACGGAGGUCGCCGACGGGAUCACGUCGGUCGUGGAGGCCGCCGUGUUCGCCAAGAGGAUCUUUCACAAGCCGUAACAGCUAUACUACGCACGUGCGCGCGCUGUUGCCCGUAGAUGCUCCAGGGCAGGGAUACGUACGUACGGUGGUUGGAGCCGGUGACCUAAAAAAGUUGCUCCGAGUGGAGACCGUGUAGGUGACGGCUUGACGCAAUCGCGGUCGUCGUCGUCGUCGUCGUCUUCAUUUUUACCCGUACAAUUUGUACAGAUCAGAUACGUGCUUGCUGGUGAUUUUGAUCAAGCUUUCGUUUUCAGUGUGAA